CCGAAGGUUCUGACGCUGAUCGCGAGAAGCUGAUUAGCUUCGAUGCGGCGAUGGCCGAAAACAGCGAGCACGCCAGGGCCUAGGACGUUCUUGGCCUCGAGAGGUCACAGUCUCUGAACGUAGAUCCAGUCAAAAAGAGAGGCUCAGAGUCUUUGUUUGUCCGUGCUGGGGGACAACUCUCACGUUCUCCAUCAUGGCUGAAGAGCCCAGGCCAGGUGUCAGAUCGCACGAAGAACAGACUGACUGCGAUAGGGACCAAAAGUCUUCCUCAGAUGAAGACGCCCAGCCGACGAGAUUCCGUCGCGGAGACAGCCAGUCCAGCAUCUGCGGCAUCUCUGCAGAGUGCCAAGAGUAGUGGUCACUUGAUCCAGGGCCAGUUUGAGCAGCUCAGUUCCCCAACAGGCGGAGCAUCUAUUCAGUGGCCAAAGUUGAAGAAGGUCCGCAAAGAAGCAAACUUGGAAGCGGAAAAGGAGCCGCUUCCGUGGCUACAGAGACCGUUGCGCCGUGUGCAUAAAGAGGGAAACACAUCGCAGCAAGCUCAGGAACAGAAAGCUGCCGACGUUGAGUCGUGGAGAUCGCAGCUUCGAAAGGUCUCAUCCACAGAAGCAGAGUCUUCUGAGGUACACCAUACACAUCAUGUCGAUCGCAAGCGGGCGGACAGUUGCGUCUCAUGUGGUCAUGGCAAACCAUCGCCACUGCAUGUCCCUCCAGAGGAGAGGAAGAGUACAUCGAAUGUUGCCACAACCUCUGCGAAGGGGACCGACAACACGGAGCAAGGCGCACAGGAGGACCAAGCUUAUGCAAUGAGGCAUAGGCGCCUUGAAGAGAUGAAGAAACCGGUCUCCCAAAGAUCGAGCUCGAGGACCUCGACGACAACGAAGGUGGAAUCAAAGACUGUAAGCCAAGUCGCCCGGACUUUGGAGGCCACCUACUCUGCUUCGGAAACGGUCGAAGCCGAGGAGACCCUUGAUGAAAGCGGCGUGCAGCCGGUGACCCGAUUAUCCCGUUCCCUUGACGACGAGGUUGAAGUUUUCAGUCCUCUACCAAUCAUGCCACCGAAUCACACAUGCUCUUGGAAGGAGAGGUAUCUGAAUCUGACAGCGGAAGUGCGGGAGUUGAAGGCGGAACUUGUGUCUCAGGAACGACGUGACGCGCCUGGGCUCGUGGACGUGGGUGUCAACGUCAAUCGAGAAGAUGACUACGAAUUAGGAGUUGAAGGGCUUACUAUAGUCAUGCAUCUCAGAGGUAAAGAUGAUUUGAUCAUCAACACCGACUUGACGCAUGCUUCUUCCGGACUUUGAGACGAGGGAAUAAUGCUAGGUUGGAAUUACUUUUGAACGUAGCGGAUGGGCAGGGAAUGAGAUUAUGAUAGCAGCAUGGAUUAGACUUUGCGAAACCCCC